GGUAGCGCGGCGGGCCGCGGACAGUCUCAGUCGUCCGUCUGGAGUCGCGGCGGCCGGCCGGGCCGCGCGGCGCAAUACACGUUCCUCGUGCUCUUGUGAUUAUAAAUUUUAAUAAUACAAAAUUCAAAAAAAUCUAAAUUUUAAAAUUCUAACCGCGUCUUAUCGAAGAUAUUUUUAGGCUAAAAUUUCCCAACCCUCACUUUUUUAACCUAAACUGUUGGCAGUGAAAAAGUUUUGCGAAAUUUUUAAUAUUUAUGUCGGUUACAUUUGUAAAGAGAUUAAACGUUUGGCCGUUAUUGAGAAUAUUUUUAUUUAAAAUUUAUUUUUCUUAACUUACGAGCGACACCUUGAGUGAGCAAUUAAUUUAUAAAUAAAAUUAAUAUUAAGCGUUAAAGUAAUAUUAAGGUUUAAGAAUACAAAGUCAAUAAUAACAGACUGCCACCAUUACUUAUAAUUAGAUUACCGGAUAUUGGGACUUUUGUGGUUAAAGGACAAUAAUAAACUUUUGUGCUUCAAACAAGAAGACUCUUAUUCGAAGGACCAAAUCUGAGCAUCACCUAACUACAACAGACGGGUUCGCGUGUGAAGUCAUCCACCCAUAAUAGAUCCACCAACAGGCCACGGGCAUUUUUCUCGUUGGAUAGUACCUCAAAAUCAUAUUAAUGAACGGGCGAUGCGCCUCGAGUAGCGCGGUGGGGCCCAGCCCGCCGCCCGUCCGGCCAAUUGGGGCCCGCCUAGCCUAUGAUGUCAUCGGAGGAGGAGGCCGACUCACACGCGCCCUACUCGGAUAAACUACUGAAGAAACAGAAACGCGUCAGACAGCGCGUGGACGCCGGUGAGCCGCGCAAUUCUUAUUCGACUCUCGCGACGAACGGACUCGCGCCCGCGCGCGCCGCACACAUGAGUGGCGGACUUUACGGCGCCAUCUUCGAGGGCCGCCAACACUUCGGACUCUUCGGUCCUUGCUACGCACCGGCUGAGAUGCUGAAUGAAUUACUCGGCCGCGCGCCCCGGCAGGAAGAUGCCAGCGACGACGCCAGCGGCGGCGACAUGCUGCGCGACCGCGUGCUGCGCGACAUCCUCCAGAGCCAGAAGAAGGGGCUGAUGAGACUGUCUCCGGACAACAACAACGUGCUUGCUAAUAAUAAUAAUGAUGAACCAAAAGAAGAAAAGAGGUCACCCGAGCGGCCAGUUUCGCGUGAUUCUCGGGCCGACCUCGACGAGGCUCUGUUGAACCUCGACAGUACCGGUGAUUCCCGAACCUCGCCGCCACCGGCGCCUCCACCCAGUGAACCGCUUCUGGCUCCCAAGUCGGAGCCUGAGGAUCGCGACAGUGACGCUCAACGCUCUUCGCCGCGACCUCUGGACGUUAAACGUGCUCGUGUAGAAAAUAUAGUGUCAACAAUGCGUGCUAGUCCUGCUCCCCAACAACCACAAGUGAACGGCUGUAAGAAACGGAAACUGUAUCACCCGCAGCAACACGACGGUGCCGCGGAGCGCUAUGGCACCAGCCAUGCCAGCAGUGGACAAACGGUUUCGGACGAUUCGGAGGAUGAUGGUGAGCGACCACCCAUUCAACAAAAGUUAGUAGAGAAAAAUGCUUUAAAAUCACAAUUAAGAACUAUGCAAGAACAGCUUGCGGAAAUGCAAGAAAAAUACUUGCAAUUGUGCAAUAGAAUGGGCCAGGAGUCGGAGACGGUGGACAAUGAUGGUGCUUCUAGUGAUGUAGAACAAAUCGAAGAUCCUGUGCCCAAAUUGGAGCCGUCUUCACCCGCCAAAGAAGCACCACCGUCGAUACCUAAUAGUGUAGCUCCAAAUUUACUAUCACAAGUUAUGAGCAAGAUGAUGACUGCAAAAAUACAACAAGCUCACUCUGCAGCUCACGGUCACCUUCCGCCUGGUUUCAAUGGGAGUUUGCCGCUAAUGCCUCAUCUGCCGACAGGUGAUCACAUGCAUCCACCACAUACUCAUCAACACCUCAAUAACGCUGCCGCCAUGUACCUUAAUGUAAGUCAAAAGCUUUUUUUAGAACAAGAAGCUAGAAUGAAAGAAGCUAAUGAACAACAACAAAACAAUCAACAACAAAGGCCACAAUCAAACCAGCAUUCACCACAACAUAGACAAUUAGGUCCAACUCCUAAGCCUCCGCUAUCCUCAGAACUAGCAGAACGCUUGGAUGCAAUACGGAGCAAUUCCGGUUCAGUGGGUCCUGUAUCAGGAGCCGAUCUAGAAGGACUAGCCGAAGUUCUAAAAAGUGAGAUCACAGCUUCGCUGGCGAGUCUAAUCGACUCGAUUGUCACCCGAUUUGUACACCAGCGUCGUAUAUUGGGAAAGCAAUCCGAAGCGGCAGCGGCGGCGGCGGAACAAUUCAACAAGGAUCUGAUGAGAGCAACUCGACUACUGGACCAGCCGACGACGCCGAAAGUGCCCGAUCGGCCUUCCGGGCAAAUGUCAGGUAACCCACCCGUCCAUCACCCGGGUGCGCCGAACGGCGUCCCGUUUAUGACAAAUAACCCGAUGUUUAUGAACCACAUGAACGGCCCCCGUGCGCCGGGUGGUGCGGCGUUCCCGCUGCACCACGAGGCGGGCGGAGCCGGCCACGGCGCUCACAUGCGGCCUCCCGCAGGCAUGUUCCAGGCGCCGCCGAAACCGAUGCAGCCGCACUUCGGCCCGAUGAACGGUCACUACGACCGAGAACAGAACCCCGACCCGAGCGAACCCUUGAGCCUGGUCGUGACGCCUAAGAAGAAGCGGCACAAGGUGACCGACACGCGCAUCACCCCGCGGACCGUGAGCAGGAUCCUGGGCGAGGGAGUGGGACACUCGCCGGAGAGCAAGUUCCCGGAGUCGCCGUCGCCGCGCUCGUUUCCCAGCGGCCUGAACCUGCCCACGAGCGUGGCGAUAGCCAACCCCUCGCUGCACGAGAGCCAAGUGUUCUCGCCGUACUCGCCAUUUUUCGGAGCCGGUGGAGGCUUGGCGCGGUCUCCACCAGCGCCCGAGCGGGACUCGCCGCCGCUACCGAACGCGCCCGCGAUGCUGCACCCCGUGCUGCUGGCGCACCACGGCUCGCCGGACUACCUGCGGCCGCACCACCCGCACGUGCCGCACCACGCCGCCGGCCCGCACCACCCGCACCACAUGGACGUGCAGGACCCGCACUCCGACUGCAACUCCACUGACCUGCCUUACGACGGAAUUCAGCCUACUUCUUCAACAUUAACGCCGAUGCAUCUCCGCAAAGCCAAGCUGAUGUUCUUCUGGGUGCGGUACCCGAGCUCCGCAGUCCUCAAGAUGUACUUCCCUGACAUCAAGUUCAACAAGAACAACACAGCACAGCUCGUCAAAUGGUUCUCAAACUUCAGGGAGUUCUACUAUAUCCAGAUGGAGAAGUACGCGCGGCAGGCCAUCAGCGAAGGCCUGAAGACGGCGGACGACCUCCACGUGGCAGGCGACUCCGAACUGUACAGAGUGCUCAACCUGCACUACAACAGAAAUAAUCACAUUGAAGUUCCGCCGAACUUCAGAUACGUGGUCGAGCAGACGCUGAGAGAGUUCUUCCGCGCCAUCCAGGGCGGCAAGGACAACGAGCAGAGCUGGAAGAAGUCCAUCUACAAGGUGAUCUCGCGGCUCGACGACCCCGUGCCCGAGUACUUCAAGUCGCCCAACUUCCUCGAGCAGCUGGAGUGAGCGCCACCUCGACUCGACGCACACAAAACUUUCGGCUAACAAAAUUAAAAAAAAAUCCAUUGGACGAUUGUUUCGCACACCAAAAUUUUACGACACUCGCAUUUAGGCCUUCAGAUUCAAAAUUAUUGAUAAAAAAAGUUUAAUUAAAUUAUUGAAAAUUGAAUUUGUACGUUGGACGUCGAGCGACGUGGCGGCGCCGUGGCGCGACGAGGCGCUACCCCGCCGUGCCACGGCCCGCGCUCUACUAGGAAAUUCAUUAGGUUAUACGAGUAAGAGAAAAUUUAAGUCACCUAGAAUUUUAUUUCUGCACAUAAUAUAUUUCGCUAUAUAUAAUUAUUAUUAUAUUAUUAUUAAGUAUUAUCGUAAAUGGUUUUUAUAGUUAUGUAUAUCUUAAAAUCAUUUAUUGAUUUAUUAUUUAAGGAAAAAAACGAUUAAUAUAUUAACUGCUUAAGUUUUGAAUGUUUUGUUGUUUUUUUUUAUUAUUUGACCGUCCUUUGCCCUUUCCUCGACCUUUGGAGAACAGUUUAUUUGUUGAAUAUUUCCCGUACUACUUGCUUUUGAGGCGCGCCCCGCGCGGCCGAGAAUUGUCAACCUUUACCUCGUCAUAAUUAUUUUAGGAAUAAUUAACGUUAACCAUAGUCAUUAGUACAAUAGAGCAGGGUUAUUUUUCGAUCCACAGACAAAGAAUUUAAACAUUAUUUUUAUACUGAUAGCCGGUUAUAAGUUCGUGCAGAUUUUUCAAUAGAAUAAAGAUAAACAGAUACCAAAUUCAAAAAAAAUAUUGUAAACAUCUUAAGUUUCGAUUAAAGUAAACAUCCUUGGUUGUAUUUUACACAUUUCGGCAUCGUUCGGCAGUGUUCAGUUGGUCCGGACCAUCGGCGAGAGUGCCUCGCACCGGACAUAGGGUUAAGUUUAUUCGUUAGAUAAAAUAUUAUAUUCCGAAAAUGCGUGUGCUCCGACACAGCAUCGCAGCUGUGCUGUGCGAGUGCGGGGCGUCCGAUGUCGCCGCAUCGUUUUGAUAUUUAAUUUUUAAAAAUAUACGAUACUCAUGACUUUAGCGACCGUAAAACUUUUAAACACUAUAUCUAUAAUCCUAUACAUAUAACCACACAACGUAUUUUACUGGCAUUCCUUUUCGAACCGUUGAAAUAUUUGAAAGGGAUUUGCGGCGCGGACGCUCUGCAGGCGGACGCAUCGCGGCGACUCUCCACCCUCGCAACGACGUCCACCCCCGAACUGGCGCAAUAGUUGAAGGCAACAUUAACAAUAGACCGAUACCUCUCAGAAAUCUACAGCUCACCGAACUACAGACCGACCAUACGUCAAUCGAACCAUUCAAACGCACUGGGCCACCUCGUCCGAUCAGAAGUGCCUUCAAAAAUAUUGAUUUUUUACAAAAAAAUAAUAAGAAAUUAAUACAAAAGGGCCCUCAAUAGAACCUCUCGCCCAAUCGAAGCCGCCGCGCGGCGCCCGCGCACCGCCGACACACACGCAUUCAGUUCGCCGUACCGAACAUACAGUAUACAUACACACAUUACUAUUAUACUAUAGAAGAAUACUUAGUUUGAUUCGUAGAUAUAUGUAGCGCGGCGGAUUGGAAGCUUGUCGCCGAACGACCGACGAUGCAACAAAUUGACGGCACGGUAGGUAUCUACCCGACAAUAUAAAACCGAAUAAAAAUGAAUUAAUGGCGCAGGUCGUUCAGAAGCAAUCUCGAGUCCGCCGCUAACUUGAUGUAUUUGUUAUAACGUGUAGAAGCCGGCCACCCACCCUGCGACGCGGAGACAGUUUCAGUUCACAUCCUCGGUUCCACAGAAAACUUCUCACAGAUUAUCAUUUAUCGCUUCUUUAUAUAGAUAAUUCACAAUAAGAUAGAUAGUUGUACAGAGAUGUAUAGCGACGUGUACAUAAAUACAGUAAUUUUAAUACAGAAGAGUUACGAGUAAAACUAUCUUAGUGCUAACGGUAUUUAUUAAGGCUCAAUAGAAGAAUGGCAAUUGUGAAUUGAUUUGCGGAAUUGUACAGAAUCUUAAGACAUCCUCAGUUCACGGUACGUAGCCGUGCAGGGCGGGCGGCCGGCCCUAGCUAAGCAAGUGUAAGCAUUUUUCAUUUGGUAUUACACUUUGUUAACGUUUCAUUUGUAACCAUUUGAACUAUUACAAUAAUAUAAGAGUACCUCAGUUUAGGAUGGACCAGGCGUCGACUGGUAUGCUUAGAGUAGUGUUCAGGUUAGGUGUGAGUGAUGACACGAUACCUUUUAAGACAUCGACACAUAGUAUAGACACGCAGCCUCCCCCCUCCUUUGAUGCACCGGUUUUAAGUUCGAAAUUCGUUCCCCGAACACUUUCACGAAGUGUAUUUAUACAGCCAAUCUUUCACAGCAAUAGCCCGGGUUGAUUUUCUCGAUUUCUCGUCGGUUCGUCGCGUCGGUACGCAAACGCAGUCGCCGCUGGGCUUAUUCAUGAACGAAAAUCGUUCUAUGUUACGUUGAAAUUGUAUUUUGUUAAUGUUACCUGUUUUGUUCUUGCCAUAACCGCGGUGUUUCAGAGCUAACGAAUGGUCACGAUGCAGAACACACUGAAUUGACAAUGGAAUUGAAUAUAACCGUUUACAGGAACUUCUAGGAAGCAUUAAAAGUAUAGACAGCAGUUCUAUUUAUUAGCUCUGAAACUCCGACCACUUUCGGUAUACCUAUGUAAUUCCUUGUAUAGUAAGUAAUGAAUCCGUUAUUCCAAUCUCUCCAUAGAUUUUUCAAUAAUAAUCUAUAUUAAACAAGUUAACGAUUAACGCAGGCUACACACACAUAUUACAAUAGAAAUAUAUUGAUUUCCCAUCAACAGUAUUCAACCGACAUGCCGUAAUUUGCAGAUACUUGGAGCCGUUUUUUUGAAAUAUAUUUUCUGGCAAGGUAGGAGUAAACAGCAGAACAUUGUAAUGAUAUUUGAUUUUUCUGGAAAUAAGAAUUGUUUAGUCCGGAUUUUAUACUUGAGUGAUUCACUGUGCAACAGUAAUAAGACCACAAUGGAUAUAUUAUUGUUCGAUCGAGCCGAUUUUUAAUCGAUUUUCGUGUUCGUGUCACUUGUAAGUUAUCGGUUGACAAUUUGUUCUAAUUUAAUGUAAAGACUCAAGUUUGAAACAUCGAAGUAUUAAGUCCACAGUGAUCAUGGGGCUAACCCACAGAAAAAAGUACAAAAUUCGGUGUGACUUUGAAACGCAUGUUUGUAACUAUAUAUAAAUAUGUAUUGUAGAUUUAUAAAGAAUUGUCCUUUUGGCGAUGUCAACUCUGAUUGUUUCGACAGUUCGUAUCUAGAUAAUAGUUUAUUUAAGUUUCAUAAACUAACGUUUUUCCUUUACAUUUUUAGUAAUAUUUUUGAAUCCGUCUACGAAAUGUUUGGAAUAUCGAUAUAAAAUAAAAUUAUCUAAUUAUUUUCAAAAUUGAUUAUAAGACAAAAAACAAUAUAUAUGUAUAAUAUAUUCGGUUUCGCGUUUGGGUAUUAUGGUUCCUAAAUUUUGGAAAUUGUAGUAGACUCUAUAUUGUGUAGCGUUUCAUUUUUUGGAGUUAGGAAACAUUAGAUGUACCAAAUAGCUGUAUCAACUUUUCUAUACGAAAGAAAUUCAAUAAGAAAAAAGCUGAAAAUUAGUUAGUUAUAAAAUAAGUAUCAUUCGUUUAUAUAUUAUCGUAUAUGAAAAAUAAUGACAAAAUUGAGCACGGAUGUACUAUUAGGAUCUGAAAAACAAAUACUGCCGAUGCUUAUUUCAGUAAGUAUUAAGUAAGAAUAGCCUGAACGCCCGACGGUAUAUAUGAAGACAUGAAGAUUUAUCCAAAAUCUGUCAGACACACUGAGUCCAGGAAGAUCUGAGCGUUCGUAAUUUUGUAUAUGAGAGUAUAUAUUAUAUAAUAUGUAGUAGUAAAAUAAACGAUAAUUUCAAUAUCCUUGUGGUCUUCAUUCGUAACAGCGAUACACGUUCAUUUCGUAUUAUGCGUUUAUAUGUACGAGUAACUAUAUGUAUUUCGUUGUUAUUAUAUUUUUGACGAGUCGCAGUCCGUGUGACACCGUUUCGUAUAAUAUAUUUGUAAAUUACUGCGAGCGGACGCGGUGCCGGUGAUAAAAUUAGAAUCAAAAUUUAAGAAAAAAAAAACAAAAUUAAUUAACUAAGUAAUAGCGAAGCGUUGUCUGUUCUCCGCGCCGUUCCUCGACCGCAUCGAUUCGGUUUGGGCGGAAAACGGACAAGCUGUCGUUAAGGAAAAUUAAAAUUCGACUAGGGUUUAGGCAUUGUUUUCGAUAUCCUCGCAUUUCGGCUAAGUAACAAGGGCCCGCGUCCGCUUGUUUUCGAUAUAUUUAGUACAAAUUUCAAAUGUUAAGGUUACGAGGCUCAAAGCUUUUCUUUCGAGGCGCCCGCGCCGCCGCCCCGACCCCGCGUUGACGAUAUAAUGAGUCGUGUAUAAAAUUUUAUUCAAAAGAGUAUUUUUGUAUUGAAUAUUUCUAAAGUUGGUGUAAAGAUCAAAAUUUCAUAAAUUAUAGCGAUGACAAAAAUGGACAUUAGGUAAAUUAGAAUGUCAUGCGUUUUUUGUAUUUAAUUUUAAGAAUAGUAUCGGAUAUUAAACGUUUAGGAUCAUUAAACAUUUGUAAAUAAAAAGUUGAGAGACGCGAGGGCGCGGCGGCGGCCUGGCUACCGGUUAUAUAGAUAAAAAAAUAUAUAAAUAACUAAAAGAUGUUUAUAUGGUUCUGGGUGUAAAAAGAUAACUUUAAAUGCAUUUUUAAGGUGAAAAGUGGAAACAAAAAGAUGUAAACGAUUCCUUGGUAUUUGUCUUAGAAUGGCUGCAACCGGGUCACUAUUGUAAUCUGUGGGCCUCAGACAAAUCAUACCUAAUGUCACGAAACUAACCUAACCUACAUUAAUUAUUACGGUUCUUAAUAAUACAACACUAAUAUAAUGUAUCACAUUGUCAUAAUGCUUAUAUUUUCGAGCGUGUGUCUUUUGUCCGUGAAUGUUUAGGAUCUAACCACUGUUUAAUGUUUUAGACAUAAAGUGGAAGUAUUGUGGAAGAUAAAGUAAAUCGUAAAAAUGUAAUCUAAAUUGAAUCUAACAGUCUCACGACCGGCAGAUCGUUGCAAAUUGCGUUCAUAAUAUUGGUAAAAACAAUUGGCGGUUCUAAAAUAUGUUGAAACAAAAUUGAAAAUCAAAGGAAAAAGUAAAGCAUAAGUAAAGUAGACAUACAUGAUCAGCAUGGAGACUUGUCGAUACCACUGAGGGAUGUUUCUUCGUGAAUAUAACGAGUAAUAAAGCUAAGCUUUUAUUUGAA